AUGGGCAUUCCCGGGCUUUCGGCGCUUUUCCUCUCCUCCCAAGAUUACAUCCAGCAAAGACAAAAUCGUCGCACGAGCCAGAACAAGGCAUUCAUUCUGACUGAUAGCGUUUUGUCAAUCCGAAGCUCGUCUAACGAAACAAAGGAUCACGUAUUUAUAUUUAACCGGCCAAGUGCACACGUCGCCCUGGCUCAUUCACUCGGUCCCAGUAGCAUCGAGCUGGUCGAAUUCAACCACCCCUCCUCCACCCAACACACUGUUGUUGCCUCUGCCGGUUUAACAUCCCCGCCACGCAACCAACACGCUGACGGACGCGGCCCUGCCGAGAAGGAAGAAACAUUAGGAACAGAUACAGCUGCUCCUCCGAUAAGGUGGUGGGAGAAGGUUCAAGGUUAUUUUGCCCGGUUUAGCGGGGCUGACCUUCGGAGGAAUCCAGGGAGGACAUCGGCAUUGUCUUCUUUAGUGUUGUCUGGGAGUUUUGUACAUAGAUGGGAAGCAGAGGAAGACGCUGAAGGAGAAGGGUAUUUUGAGGAGGAGGGAGCUCCUAGGGAUCGGAAUCAGAAUAGGAAGAGCAAUACUAAACGACGACCUCGCUGGGAGACCCUACCAAUUGACGACGACAUCAUGAAAUUCUCACAUAGCAUCCAGUUCAAUGCGGUGCCGGAUUGGAGUAGCCAUUAUAUUGCCUACAGCAAUCUCAAAAAAAUUGAUCGUAUUGUUUCCACAAUCAUGGAUAUUAGAGCUUUGAUAUACUCCCUUGAAAAGCAAGUCAAUCGGGUUGACGAAGCAGGCCAAAAUGUUGAGUCUGCGCCCCUUCUCGACUCCUCCCUCGACACUGAUACCGUAUUCCGUCGUGCUCUUGAUGGGGAGUUAGAAAAGAUAUGUACUUUCUACCGUCAAACUGAAACGGAGCUCUACACGGAGGUUGAGAACGUCAUCAAGGAUGAGCAGUCGUUCAUUGAAGAAACGAAAGGGUCGGACAUGGAUUCAGUUGAAGACACCAUGGUCCGAACCCGAAAGCUUAGUACCGGUGGUUGGGUUCGUCAUGAAAGCAUUUUCCGCAGUUUUGGUUUUGGUGGAGGUGAAGGUGGAGGCGAGGGUGGUGGUAGUGGUAGCGGGCAACGCAGGGAUGCCCAUGCUAGCACCCACAGCGUAUCUGCGGAUGGUGACGAUGCGCCUAAUAACGACGAUGUUUCUAGUGACGAUGAUGUUGAUAUGGAUGAACCCCGGAGUCGAGAUGGUCGCCGUCGCUCCAGUUGGAAGGACUAUCACAAACAUUAUCGUGAACCACUCCACUGCACCGCGAGCGAUAAUAGCGAAUCGAGGAUCUUGCCCGGUGGCCUGGACCAUGAUCACGAUUUCCUCUUCGAUUCUAACUAUUCUGCCUUGUAUCAUACUGGCAUCACGCUGAAGAAGCGUAUCAUUAGCGUAUAUGUCUCCCUCUGCGACCUCAAAUCAUUCAUCCAACUCAAUCGAACGGGCUUCUCCAAGGCCUUGAAGAAAUAUGAUAAAACCCUUGACCGCAGUCUGAGGCGUUCGUAUAUGAACACUACUGUCUCCACUACCUACCCGUUUACAAAUCCCAUUAUGGAGACGCUCAAUGACAACGUUGCUAAGAUCGAGAAGAUUUAUGCGGAUCUCGUCACCAAGGGUGAUCUUGCGCUUUCUAAGAGGGAAUUGCGUUUACAUCUUAGGGAACAUGUUGUGUGGGAACGGAAUACUGUUUGGCGAGAAAUGAUUGGGAUCGAACGCAAAGCACAGGCUGCGAAUAUGGGCGUGCGACGUAUGCUGCUUGCCGGAGAUCAGGAUCCCCUGACUGCACAGAGACAAGGCGAUGAGCAGGAACCCACGACGAAGGAGAUUGUCACACCUGUUGGCAAAUGUCCUGUGCCGGCGUGGUUACUCAGUUCCACGUUUUUCAUGUUGGUGGCCAUCGUGAUUGUCUUUGGUGUCAUGCUGGCUCUCCCGAUUAUGAAGACGCCGGAACAGAACAAUUGUCUUGCCAUGUUAGUUUUUGUCAGUUUAUUAUGGUCUACUGAGGUGAUCCCGCUUUUCGUUACAUCACUACUUGUCCCUUUUCUGGUGGUCAUUCUCCGUAUCAUGCGGUCUGAAGAAGAGCCUUAUUACCGCCUAAACUCUAAGGAGGCCACUGGAGUUGCUUUCGCGGCAAUGUGGACACCAGUCAUUAUGCUUCUACUCGGUGGUUUUACCCUGGCAGCUGCGUUGUCGAAAUAUGACAUAGCCCGCAGAAUGGCAACGUUCGUCCUGAGUAAAGCCGGGACGAAACCGCGGAUUGUUCUCCUCACGAACAUGUUUGUCGGUAUGAUAUUGAUCCUAUGGUGCGUCAGCCACCAGCUCGAAGCCACCUUCGGCGACAUGGGCGUCAUCGCCAUCAUCCCGCUCAUCCUCUUCUUCGGCACAGGUGUCCUUACUAAGGAAGACUUUAACAACUUCCUAUGGACCAUCAUCAUUCUGGCAUCGGGAGGUCUCUGCUUGGGCCGCGCUGUCACUUCUUCCGGUCUCCUGCACACCAUUGCCAAGGCUAUUACGGAGCGUGUAGCUGAUUUCAGUCUAUAUGGCGUCCUGAUCACAUUCACUGCACUCAUCCUUGUCGUGGCCACUUUUAUCUCUCACACAGUUGCUGCGCUGAUUAUGCUCCCACUAGUCCAGCAGGUUGGCGCAGGCAUGGAUCAUCCACAUCCCAAUCUGUUGAUUAUGGGCAGUGCGCUUAUGUGUUCGUUUGCCAUGGGCCUGCCGACGAGCGGGUUUCCUAAUAUGACCGCCAUCAUGAUGGAAGUCCCUGAAACCGGCCAGCGAUAUCUGCGCGUCCGUCACUUCAUAACCCGUGGCGUACCCGCGAGUGUCAUGUCGUUUGGCGUACUGAUUACGCUUGGAUAUGGGUUGAUGAUAGUUGCGGGUUUAUAG